CGCUUCCGGCCGUCAAGUUGGCUCGAGCAGGGGGAGGGGGGGUGUUGUAUGUAUGUGUGUGAGAGAGAGAGAGAGAGAGUGUGUGAGUGAGAGAGAGAGUGAGUGAGUAAGAGUCCGGUGAGGAGACAUUUUAUUAUUGUUUGUUCUUUUACCUAUAUAUAUAUGUGAUCAACAGAAGAAACGACAUUUUAAAAAAUCUGAAGAAAGAAGAAGGAGAAAAAAAAACCAAGGGAGGUGGUAAAGAGUUUGAGAGGGAAAAGAUAUUUGUCGGAGGAGGAUUAUGUCUCCACAGUGAGAGAGGAAAAAAAAAAACCCCGGGGAGGGGUCUUCAUAGAGUCUUUUUUUAAAAAAAAAAAAAAUUUUUUUUUCUUCCGCCUCCCCUUCCCCUCUUCCCUUCAUGUUCGCCUUUCUGUGAGGAGAAAAUCACCCCCCAAAUACCUCAGGCUUCAUGACUCUCGACUCUAUCAUGGCGUGCUGCCUUAGUGAAGAGGCGAAAGAAUCCAAGAGAAUCAACGCCGAGAUAGAGAGGCAGCUUCGCAGGGACAAGCGGGAUGCACGCAGGGAACUGAAACUGCUGCUCUUGGGUACUGGAGAAAGUGGCAAGAGUACAUUCAUCAAACAGAUGCGAAUCAUACAUGGGAGUGGAUAUUCAGAUGAAGACAAAAGGGGCUAUACGAAGUUAGUCUACCAGAAUAUAUUCACUGCCAUGCAGUCCAUGAUCAGAGCCAUGGAAACCCUUAAAAUACAAUAUAAAUAUGAGCAAAAUAAAGCCAAUGCACAAUUGAUUCGAGAGGUUGAUGUAGAAAAAGUAGCAUCGUUCAAUAGUCCAUAUGUAAGUGCAAUAAAAACUCUGUGGAAUGAUCCAGGAAUUCAAGAGUGCUAUGAUCGAAGGCGGGAAUAUCAGUUGUCAGACUCUGCUAAAUACUAUCUUAGCGAUUUGGAUCGUAUAUCGGAUCCUGCCUAUCUGCCCACCCAGCAGGAUGUCCUUAGAGUUCGAAUCCCAACAACAGGAAUCAUUGAAUACCCCUUUGACUUACAAAGCAUCAUUUUCAGAAUGGUGGACGUUGGAGGCCAGAGGUCAGAAAGAAGGAAAUGGAUACAUUGCUUUGAAAACGUGACAUCCAUCAUGUUUUUAGUAGCACUUAGUGAAUACGACCAGGUUCUUGUAGAAUCUGAUAAUGAGAAUCGAAUGGAGGAGAGCAAAGCACUAUUUAGGACGAUAAUCACAUAUCCCUGGUUUCAAAACUCCUCAGUCAUUCUCUUCUUAAAUAAGAAAGAUCUCCUGGAAGAAAAGAUUAUGUACUCCCAUUUGGUUGACUACUUUCCAGAGUUUGAUGGUCCACAGAGAGAUGCACAAGCUGCUCGAGAAUUCAUUCUGAAGAUGUUUGUUGACCUGAACCCAGAUAGUGACAAAAUCAUCUACUCUCACUUCACAUGUGCCACAGACACAGAGAACAUACGUUUCGUCUUUGCGGCUGUCAAAGAUACAAUUCUACAGCUGAACCUGAAGGAGUACAAUUUGGUCUGACCAGACCAAAGAAAAGGAAAAAAGAAAAUUUAAACCAUAAUGACCGCAAUUGUUAUGAUCUGUGAAGUUUGCAAACUGCUAAUUGUCAUCAUGGAUUCUUGUCUGUGUGUGUCCACGGAGUUGUAGCUUCUUUUAAAACAAAAAUGGUUUUAUUCAAUGCAGGGUCGGGGAGGGGCAGGGGGACACAUUUUUAAUGUGCAUCUUUUUGGGUGCCAAUCUACAUUUCCAUUUUUUUCAAAUAUCACUUAAUAACUAGCUGUAUAACAGAUAGUUGGCUUGAGCUACAACCUCAUUAAUGCUUGUUCAAAUGAAGAAUAGCAGGUGUUCUUCCACUUGCCAAAUCAAAAUGCAAUGCCAUUCCCUCUCUAUGCUCUUUCAGUUAUGCUGGCCUUCUGUCUGAUCACAGAUAAGCUCUGUGGUGCACAGUGGUGAUGUUUCAGGACUCUGUCUGACAGAAACCAAGCCAUCACUUGCAUAAUUGAUGUACUGUUUCUGGUUUAUUUGGUUUUUUUUCUGAUCAAUGAGAAAGUAUUGAUACUGUGAUUUAUUUUUUGAUUUUUUAAAAUAAAUUAUUGAUGUUAUACAUAUAGUUUGCUACUUGCUGUAUUUCAGCCAUGGACUACAAAGAUGGGAGCUCACUAAGCAAUAGCAGGUUGAGCAAAUAUCAUGAGGAGAGGGUGGGGUGUGGGUGGGGGGUGGGGGGGAUUUGCUCAAGUACUUAGAAACCUGAGAUGUGGAAAUAAUGAUUACUUGGCAAACAAAUGAAGCCAAAUCUAGUAUAAAGAAAUAAGUGUAUUUAUCUAAUUUAUGGACCAGUAUACUUAGGCUUGAUUUCAGAUUAGAAUGUUUCUGUAUGAGUUGGUUUACAGAUACUCAGCUGUUGCCAAACUUUGAUUUUUUUUACUGCUGUACACUACAAUGGCAAGUUAUGACAUUUUUUUAGGAUGACUUGCUAAACUAAAGUACAUUGACAGUUUAUGCUAAUUUUAUUCAGAUGAGGGGUUUUAACCUUGAAAGUUUUUAAUAGCAGGAUAGUUUUAUGCAGUCAGGUACUUUUACAGAUUUUUAAAAAAAAAAUAUAGGUAUGAUAUCAGGCCUGUUUGAAAAGAAAACCUCCGUCUGUGUUUUAUAGGAAUGCAGGUGCCAAGAAAGUUGCACUACACAGCUCUUAAUUUGUGUGACUUCGACAUACAAAGGUGAAAGGAUGGCUUUUAUAAAUGCUGCACAGUGCCAUAAAUAUACUGUAUGUUGAAAAGUUUUGACCUCGCCAAAUGAUUUCGGAACAACUUUGUAUUGUUAAAAGUUGAAGACUCCCACAUUGGUGACUUACACAUUGUGGUAAAGCAGAAAUGGCAUGUUUAGAAAAAGCUGAUAUCUGCACUUUUCUGUUUCUUCAAUGUAGUCAGAGAUAUGUAUUUUCCUGCAUUCAAAUCAUCAUGCUGCUACCCACUCAGUAUACUCAGUAACUUUCCUUGAUGAUGCCUUUUUGAUUUUAGCUGCUGAUUUCACCAGCAGGAAGUGCCCUGUCAUUUGUUCUAGACAUUUUCCAACAAAAAGGCUCUAUAUCCAAAAUUGUCAUUGUUGAUUUAAUACUAAAUGGAUCUUCUCACACUAAGACAACUGGGUUACAUUAAACAGACUAGAAUGAGUUAGAGCAGCAAUUGUUAUAAAAUGCAGCAUUUCACAUUUUAUUAUUUGACUAUAAUAAAUGCCUUUCAAGUGUCACUAUUCAAAAUUAUAACUUUAGCUAAUUGACUUUUGUUGCAUUUUGUAAUGAUGGAAUACCAGGCAGAUAAUUCAUAACUAAGUAAUCUUAAUUUGAUUGUAGGCAAUAUUUCAAACGUGGUUGAAAUUGUAAUUUGGUCAGCUGUGAAUUUGGUAUAAUGAAAUGUAAUGGUGAGAAUUGUACUUUGGUCCCAAAAUGAUGUCAUGUCUACGCAAUAGUUUAUUCAUAAUAUGUUGUAGUAAGAGCGGACUGUAGAUGCUAAAAAUUUUGAUUGGCGGAGCUGUGUUUCUUCACCCCAAACAUUAAUUCAUUUUUAUUAAAAAAUGAUUAACAUACUUGACUUUCAAAAAUCUAGUGAACUCUGUUGUGUGGCGUUUAUAUUACAAAUUAUCUUUGAGCAGUUUGAUUUCAUCUUCAGUUAUAGUCCCUAUAAAUUCAAUCUCCUUUCUGAAAUGGACUUUUAAAAUUAGCAGUUUGCCAUAGAUGAGUAGGUAUGUAAAAAGUAUAAAUGGGGCAUCAUUUGCAUUAACAUACCCUGUCAGGUUUUGUGCUCUUACCCUAGGGAAAUCUAAGGAAUCUGAAAAGUCCAAAAUUAAAUUGAGUUCUUCUCAAGAGUUCUUACAUUUGGGUAUGAUACCUGUCAUAUAUAUUUGACUUCAUUUAAAAUACCUUCAGUGUCAGGCAAGGCUGAUAUUUGAAGAAGAAUUAUGAUUGUUUUUGCUAAGUUUUAAUUUAUUUCUGGUCUACUUAGGCUGCUGUUAAAACAGCCAAAUAUUCUGUACACUACAAAUCAUUAUUAAACACUCCAAUAUCCUGCAAAAAAUUCUUGUUUCUACAAUAAACUAAAUGCCAUUGUUCUAAUGAACCAAUAUGGUAAUGUGGCAUGAGGUUUUCUUAACUCAUAAGUUUACAUGAAAGACCUUGGGAGUUUGGACAGGACUAGAAUGCGUGAAUACUUCAGUUUGCUCAGUGAGAGAAAAAGAACCAUAUACUUCUUAAGAAAAUUGACUUGAGAGAAAAGGGGAAGUCUAUCGGUGUUGAAUUCUACCGCAGUGAAGUAAAGCAGAGAGUGCCUUACCUAAUCCUAAACUGAAUUAUUGUCAGUAAUGUGCACACUUGAGUUUUAUUCUAUAGGGCUAGAACAAAGAUUGUUAGUCAGCUAUUGAUUCUUCCUCUAUUACCCUUGUCUUUCACACUUGUAAGUUUAACAAUCCAAGAAUUGAUGUUUAACUGCAAGAUAUAUGUGCGCUUCAGGAGAGGAGUGGAACCAAAAUGUCAUGAAAUCUUCAUAAAGGCAGGGGAUGUGGGAAUGUUACAACUCCUAGUACAGAUUCGGGGAAAGCUGGGUUUGCUGAAUAAAACUUCAAAAUUGAUCAAAUAUUGUUAUCCUGACAAUAACAAUUGUCUAAAACUUGUCGUAAAAUUUUUGCUUGAAAGCAUGUGAUAUGAUUUAGUUGCAGCUAAAUCGGAUGCAUUUUGGAAUAUGCAUGCCUUCAUUUGGGAAUACUAUGUAGAUCUUUGUCCACAUGUUACCUGUAUCUACUUUUACAGCUGAAGUUAUUUUUACAGAAUUUAAUAUAGAAGGAGCUCAUUCGCCCCAUUAUGUCCUUUCCAGUAGUAGCAAUCCUGUUACCCAUUCAGUAGGAAUGAUUUAAUUAGCCAAAAAUGAAUAACCUCUGUAUAAUGCAUAUUAUAUAUUUAUCUUUUCCUGAAUGCCAUUGGACAAAUUGGAACUUACAGUGAAUAAUACUGCUUCAGAUCACUUAGUGUGUCUGAAGUUCUCCUCCAAGCCACUCACCAUCCUGACUUGGAAAUAUAUCACUGUUGCUGGGUCAAAAUCCUGGACCUCCCUCACUAACGCCACAGUGGGUGUACUUACACUACGUGGACUGCAGUGGUUCAAGAAUGUAGCUCAUCACCACCGCCACAAGGGCAUUUAGGGCUGGGCAAUAAAUGCUGGCCUAGCCAGCGACACCCACAUCCCAUGAAUGAAUUUUUUUAAAAGUUCUUAACUUUUCAAUAUCUAAUUUUUCAGAGAGAAUAGAAUUUUUGCCUAAUUAGGUAUUCAUUUCAGAGAGAGAAAGUUAACAAAAUUCUGGAACUGAACUUCCUGUGUGCAUACAGUUAUCAAAUGUAACACUAUUUUGUUUUAAUCUCAUGGGGAGACAGCAUUAUUCCUGAAUGAUCUCAUUUUUAAAUUACACUAAGCAAUUUUCUACUGUGAGCUGUUGCCGAUCUUUUAGUUGAAAGUAGCUGACCAACUUCUCCCCAAGUCCCUUCGAAAGGAAAAACUGACUUUUUAAAAAUAGUUUUGUUUACAGUAGUUGUGGAUUUCAUGGAUAGCUGCAGAGUGUAUAGCUUUUGCACAUGCUACCCAUCUUUAGCCAGGAAUAGUCAGUCGAAGACCACAUAUGUUAUAUCACAGUGGAAAUUCAAAUCUAACGUUUUCAAAUGUAAACAAAGCAUCAAUUUUCACUACUAAUAUUUGACAAAAUAAGUAUAGCUUGUUUUAACCUAAAAGCCAGCCAGCCUAUGUAAAUAAUAGUUUGAUUCACUUUAUACCCUCUGCCAUCCAGAGUUUCCAAGGAAAAAGUUCCUUUCACUUUGGAUUUUUAAAAAUAAAACACAAAUUUUAAACUAACUGGGUGAUCCAUAUUGGGCCCUGAGUUCUGUGCAGUUUUCAGCAUGUUAUGCAAAUCUUGCAUGCAUGAUGUUCAGAGCAUGGACCCAUAGUCAGAAAAGAUUAUACAAUGCAUGGUGUUGGGAUUCCAAUUUACACUUUUUGCACAUUUACUUUUGUGAAUAUGGGUCCCUGUGUGAGAAGAAAUUAUUUACCAAAUUGAGGGCGGUAGGUAGUUUUAACUUUUACCCAGAUUUGCAAAAAAUUGUAUAAAAUGUAUGUAGCAUAUGCUUGCAUAAUAUAGGAAACUAAAAAUGGGAAAAUAUCUCUUUUGUAUUGUAUUUAAACCAGGGGACCAAGCUUCUGUCAGGAAUCCUAUUUUAAUUUCAGUUUUAUUCCUUGUGGAGGACUAGAAAGCUUCUUGAUUUUUAAAAUAUAUAUAUAUUAUUGGCAUAUUAGCAAUUGCAUUAUAGUAGUAAUCUUCCUAGCUAUCUGUUCUACAGUAUUGAGAGCUGUCUAGGCUAUUUUUCCACAUCGCUUUCACUAUCACGAGCUCCUGCUUUUGCCAGUUUUCUGCAAAUAUUUCGGGAAAGCUGAUGGGAAAUAGGGGAUUGAGUUGGCAUGCUAACCUGAAUCUACCAUUGUUGCUUACUUUUUGCAUAUUUGAUAGCUUAGAUUAUGUGGUGGUGGAAACAUUUUGUGCUAUAUGUAUAACAAUGAUGCAGAUGGACAAAUGUUAAAGGAUUGGGACUACGUGUUAACAUUUGUCACUACAUUAAAAUCAGCUAUGUAAAUGUUUGUUUCUUGAUUCAGAUGCAGUUUAUUGGACUAAUUAGAUUUAUUGGCUUUUUAACACAAGAUAAACCUAAAGGAUGCAACUUAUGGACCCUAUUUUACAGUUAAUUUGGCUAUGGUUUUUUGAAAUCUUAAUUUCUUUUAUGUUGUCUGCCUUGUUGCAAUGUUAUUUGCCAAAGAAGCAUUUUUAUAACUAAAAUGCCAUGGAUAAAUAAUUACUGCUGGAAAAAAAUCAUUUGUUUAGUCAUCUUUAAGCACUAGUCAAUCUUCCUUCCCCCCACCUCCAAGUUCCAGCAAGAGUAAUGAAUUCAGCGAGCUUGAAUCAGUUUCCAUGUUUAAUUCAUGUGCAUGAAGUUGUGCUUACAAGUUUUAAAUAAUAAAUGAAUGUUUCACAAUGUGAACUUGAUGGUAAUGUUUAUAAUGCAACAUUUGUUCUGUAAAAAGGUAUUUACAAAUAAAGUGCCAAAAGGUCUUUUUGAAAA